GGGUGUGUUGCUUAUAAGCCAGCGCUUGACUCCCCAAAAUGUAACAAAGUACAAAAAUGUCGUAAAUAAACAAGAAAUCCGUGACCUGAUGUUCCCCACUUUUGCUGAGGAGAAUGCCAGACAUAAGAAAAAGCGUCUGGUGCAGUCCCCCAACAGCUACUUCGUGGAUGUCAAAUGCAUGGGGUGCUCCAAGAUCACCAGCAUCUUCAGCCAUUCCCAGACCGUGGUGCCCUGUGCUGGCUGCUCGGUGAUCCUCUGCAGGCCCCGUCGAGGGAAAUGCAAACUUAACUACAGGAUGUGCCUUCAGGAGGAAGUAUUGAGCGGAAACGUGGCAGCCCACAUCCUGACUGGCAGGAUCACCGACCAGAAUGUGUGUCAUAACGGCUAAGGUUACACAACGUUAGUCCACGAGGCCUUCUCAUUAAAAGAAGUUGUAGUUUAAUAAAUCCGACAUUUAAAAAAAAAAAAAAAAAAAAAAAUCAACAGAUUUGUCAUUUACUGUAAAGCAUGUGUUUGAAAAUACCUUAUCCCAGCAAAAUUAAACAUCUUAAGUCUUAAUUUGAUCAAAUUGCAGGCAUUUGUUAUUGGAAUUUUUUAUGGGAAUAAAUAUACAUAAUUAGAAAUAACAGAUAAAUUGCCCGUAGGUGUGAUUGUGAGUGCGGCCGUUUGUCUCCAUGUGCCCUGCGAUUGGCUGGCAACCAGUUCAGGGUGUACCCCACCUCCUGCCCGUUGACAGCUGGGAUAGGCUACAGCACUCCACGUGGCCCUUGUGAGGAUAAGCGGCAAAGAAAAUGGAUGGAUGGAUGGAAUGUUUUUGGAUGGAUGGAUGGAUAAAAAUAAUAGAAGACGGAUGGAGAAAUUUUUGUGCUCAGUUUUUGAAACGGGCAAAGGGGCCAGGUCAUCUGUAGAGGAGGUGAAAAUAAAAUGUGUAAAAUAAUUUAAGCUUGAUAAUAAAUAAAUAUUUCAUCCUCAUUUUAAUUAUCCAUCCAUCCAUUUUUUGCUGCUUAUCCUCAAAAGGGUCGCAGGAUUUAAGUACUUAUAAUUACAGUAAUUUCAUAGUCACCAAAUAUUUAAUGAAAGAAUCCAAAAUUACACACUUCAAGGGGAGAAAAAUGGGAUAAAUUAAGAAAGGUAUUAAA